ACAGUAGUGUUGGGCAAAGUGAAGGCAAUCCGUGCCGCCGGUGGCGACGUCUCGGUCUCGUUCGGCGGCUAUAAUGGCGUCGAUUUGGGCAAAGCGUGUCAUGACGUCAACUCAUUGGCCAACGCAUAUCAGAUCGUGAUCGACAAGUACUCGUUGACAAACGUGGACUUUGACGUUGAACAUGAUAACUUGGGCGAUGUGCAGGGUGAAACUCGUCGAUUCCAAGCCAUUAAAAUCUUGCAACAAAAGGCCAAGGCUAGUGGCAAACAACUGUUUGUGACCCUAACCCUACCCUCGACUACCGUUGGUCUGAGCGAAUUGGGAAGGAAUGAGAUCAAACGCGCAGUCGAUCUUGGUGCUAAAAUGGACCUGUAUAAAAUUAUGGCGUUCGACUACGGUGGUCCCGGUGCCGAUCAGGUGAAUAGCGUGAUCAGUGUUAUGGAACAAACUCACAAACAACUUAAAGACCUGCGAAAAGACCUAAACGACCAACAAGUUUAUGCCGCCACUGGACUCAUCUUAAUGAACGGCCACACAGACCAACCAUCGGAGUUGUAUACCAUCGAUACUUUCCGCAAACUCAUUGAUUACGCCAACCAAAAGCACCUUGGUCGAGUUUCCUAUUGGGCAUUAAACAGGGACAGAAAGUGCACCAAACCGGUGGGUUGGGUGGACGGCACCUGUUCCUCACUUGAACAACAGCCCUGGGAUUUCACAAAAACGUUGGCUAACUUUCAUUAA